ACUUCUUGCUCAGCAAGAAACGCGACUCGUGUUUUGUCCUUGAUAGAUACUCUCUUUUUCACUUCAUCAUUAUCAUGCACACAUGAACUAAACCAACUCGACUCACUGAGUUGAAGCUGUUUUUUUUUAUGUCGUCCACUUUCGGCGACAAAUCUCUCGUCUUCUUGAGAAAACGAUACCAAACAACGCCAUGACGACGAGCUCUCAACGGCGUCUCUGCGACUACUGCGACGACACGACGGCGGUGCUGUACUGCCGGGCGGACUCGGCGAAGCUCUGCUUCUCGUGUGACCGGGAAGUCCAUGGCACGAACCAGCUGUUCGCGAAGCACGCGCGGUCGCAGCUCUGCGACGCGUGCGACGACGCGCCGGCAUCCAUUUUCUGCACCGCGGAGAGCUCCGUUCUCUGCCAGAACUGCGACUGGGAGAGGCACAACGACACCGUUUCGGUGGUCCACCACAGGAGGCCUCUUGAGGGUUUCAAUGGCUGCCCUUCGGUGACGGAGCUUUUGGCGAUUCUGGGGUUUGAGGAUGUCGAUAAGAAGGGUCUGUUUUGGGCAGAGGAAAAUGGGUUUUUUGAUCGGUCUUCGGAUUUGUUGAUGUGGGAUGUUCCUUCGGUUGUUGGGCUUGAUGAUUUGAUUGUUUCGGAUUCGUCUCGGAGCUUCCAGGCUAUGGGGAUUCCUCCUCUGCCUAAG